AUGCUGAGGGCCUCCAAGCCAGCAAGAGAUUCAUUCCUGACCCAUGGCUUGGGAGAUGCCUCAUGCCCAGUGCUGGAACCGGGUGUGACCAAGAACCCUGGCGCCUCCAUGCCAGUGUUCAUGGCUCUGCCCUUCGCCACACCUGCUCCCGGCCCAGCACACGGGCUGCCCCUCGUGACUGUAGUGGUUCCUCCAGGUGGCCCUCUGGUGCUGUCUGCCUUCCCCAGGACCCCUCUGGUGGCAGGACAGGAUGGACGAGGCCCAAAUUGGGUUGGGGCUUCCAACAUCCUUGUCCAGAUGAGGACAGAAGUGGGGCCUGUGAAGGCUCCUCAGGCACCGACCUUGGUCCUAACUCAGGCCCCCCUCGUCUGGCAGGCUCCAGGCACCCUCUUCAAGGGCGUUGCAUGUCCACCUCCCCGACCCAUGGCAGCUGCCCCUGUGGUGCCCGCUAUGGCUGCCCAGGUCUUUGGGGGCACCCAGGCCUGCGAGGGAGGCUGGUCCCAGGGCCUUCCUCCUUCAGCACCACCGGCUCCCCAGCUGGCCCCCAUGAUGGCUCCAGGGAAUGCUGGGCCAUGGCCACAAGGGGCUCAUGGAGAGGGCAGCCUGGCUCCCUCCCAGGCCAAGGCCCCGCCGGACGACUCCUGCAACCCCAAGAGCGUGUAUGAGAACUUCCGACUCUGGCAGCGCUACAAGCCCCUGGCCCGGAGGCACCUUCCCCAGAGUCCGGACACGGAAGCGCUUUCCUGCUUCUUCAUCCCAGUUCUCCGAUCCCUGGCCCGGCGGAAGCCCAGCAUGACCCUGGAGGAGGGACUGUGGCGGGCCAUGCAGGAAUGGCAGCACACGAGCAACUUUGACCGGAUGAACUACUAUGAGAUGGCGGGAAAGUUCCUGGAGUUUGAGGCUGAGGAGGAGAUGCAGAUUCAGAAGUUGCAGUGGAUGAAGGGGCCCCAGUGCCUGCCUCCUCCAGCCCCGCCGAGGCUCGAACCUCAAGGACCAUCAGCCCCUGAGGUGGUCAAGCAGCCAGUGUACCUUCCCAGCAAGGCCGGCCCCAAGGCCCCGCCUGCCUGCCUGCCACCACCCAGGCCCAAGCGGCCAGCGGAGAGAAAGGCCCACCUGCCACCACCCAGGCCCCAGCAGCCAGCAGAGACCAAGGCCCCCGAGGAGAUACCCCCUGAAGUGGUGCAGGAGUAUGUGGACAUCAUGGAAGAGCUGCUGGGGCCUCCCGAUGGGGCCACAGAGCAGCUCACAGGACAAAGGGAAGAGGGCGAAGUGGAGCAGGAAGAGGACGGGAUGCUUUCAGACCCCGACCUCCUGAGCUACACUGACAAUCUGUGUUCCCAGAAAGACUUCGUCACCAAGGUGGAAGCCGUCAUCCACCCCCGAUUCCUGGAAGAAUUGCUUUCCCCAGAUCCACACAUGGAUUUCUUGGCCCUAAGCCAGGAGCUGGAGCAGGAGGAAGGACUCACCCUUGCCCAGGUAGCGGAGAAGCGCCUCCUAUCGUUGAAGGAGGAACGAUGUGCGAGGGCAGACCCUAGUCAUGGCACCGCUCGCUUGGACUCAAUCUCUUCUAAGUCUGCAGUGGGCCAAGGAGCAGAGAGAGAUGUCCCUGGACCCCAGCAAGGGGUCAGCAUGGAAACCUGCCCACCCCAGAUGGCUGCCUGGGACCCUCAGGGACGAGGCAGAGUGUGCACUGGGAUGGCCAGGUCCAAAAACCCUGUGGUGCUUUUGGAGAGACUGGAUUCCCGCAGGCUGAGAUCUGCCCGGCCAAACACUCCUCCCCAGGACCACAGACCCGCCUGCCCAGGGGUGGGGACCAAGGACACCUGGGGUCUCCCUGGAGCCUCUCCUGUGAAGGAGUCACCCAGGCUGUCUAAGGGGUCAAGUGAGGAGGAGAGGGAAAUCCCUGGUAUGGUUACUGUCGUGGGUACCAACUACAGGCUGCGGCCCUGGAAGCUGUCCCAGAGCCCUGUCUCUGCCUCGGGCCUUCUCAGCCCAGAAGGGCGGGGACCCCAGGGAGCUCUUCAGUCCCAAUCUGCAAAGAGAAGAGGCCUCAGCCCAGCACCCACUCCUGCCACCAAGUCCAAGAAGCGAGCUCUCUUCGGAGGCCCAUCCCCUGCUGAACAGAUGCCCCACCUAGGGCCUGGGCUCAGAGUCUCUGGGGCGCAAUCCCUGGCUUGGGGGCUGGGUGGCCCCUCACAGUCUCAAAAGCGAAAGGGUGAUCCCUUACUGUCUAAGAGGAAGAAAAAGCAGCACCGCAGCCAGUAG